UUUCAUUUUCAAAACUCAAUAAAUAGCCCCACAUACACACUCAUCCUCCUUCACAGCCUUAAACGUGGAGCCAAAGAAACUAAAAACAAAAGCAAAAGCAGAGCAAUGGACUCUGUUUCUUCUUCCUCUUCCUCCUUCAUCUCCACGUUCUCUCUUCAUCACUCUCCUCUUCGCCGCCUAUCUUCCUCUCCUCGUCUCCUCCGUAUCAACUCCGCUGUCGUCGAAGAACGUAUCACUAACCCAAACGAUAGUAAUGACCACCGUCGUAUCAAACCUAAAACACUCCACAAAUCACUCUCAUCGCCGACGAAACCACGACCACAAAUGAAUCUCGCAACAGCUCUCUUCACCACAGUCGAAGAUGUGAUCAACACCUUUAUCGAUCCACCGUCACGUCCUUCCGUCGAUCCAAAACACGUUCUUUCCGACAACUUCGCUCCUGUCCUCGACGAGCUUCCUCCUACGGACUGCGAGAUCAUCCACGGCUCCCUUCCGCCGUCACUCAACGGAGCUUACAUCCGUAACGGUCCGAAUCCACAGUUCCUCCCUCGUGGUCCUUACCACCUCUUCGACGGCGACGGUAUGCUUCACGCGAUCCGAAUCCAUAAUGGUAAAGCAACACUCUGUAGCAGAUACGUCAAGACUUAUAAAUACAACGUCGAGAAACAAAACGGUGCUCCGGUUUUGCCUAACGUGUUUUCCGGAUUCAACGGUGUAACGGCGUCGGUAGCUCGUGGAGCUUUAUCGGCGGUUAGAGUUUUAACCGGACAGUUUAAUCCGGUUAACGGCAUUGGUUUGGCUAACACGAGUCUAGCUUUCUUCAGUAACCGUCUCUUCGCUUUAGGUGAAUCUGAUUUACCCUACGCCGUACGAUUAACUAAUAACGGAGAUAUUGAAACGAUCGGACGGUGCGAUUUCGAUGGGAAAUUAUCGAUGAGUAUGACAGCUCAUCCUAAAACCGAUCCAAUAACGGGAGAGACGUUCGCUUUCCGGUACGGUCCGGUUCCACCGUUUUUAACGUAUUUCCGGUUUGAUUCCGCCGGGAAAAAACAGAGAGACGUUCCGGUAUUCUCCAUGACGUCUCCGUCGUUUCUCCACGACUUCGCGAUCACGGAACGUAACGCGAUUUUUGCUGAGAUUCAGCUUGGGAUGAGGACGAAUCCGAUGGAUUUGGUUCUUGAAGGUGGUUCUCCGGUCGGUGCUGAUAAAGGGAAAACACCGAGGCUCGGUGUGAUUCCAAAGUACGCCGGAGAUGAAUCGGAGAUGAAAUGGUUUGAGAUUCCUGGAUUUAAUAUCAUUCACGCUAUCAAUGCUUGGGAUGAAGAUGACGGAAACGCAGUCGUUUUGAUCGCUCCGAAUAUUAUGUCGAUUGAGCAUACUUUGGAGAGGAUGGAUCUGGUUCACGCUUUGGUUGAGAAGGUGAGGAUCGAUCUCGUCACCGGGAUCGUGUCACGUCAUCCGAUCUCAGCGAGGAAUCUAGAUUUCGCGGUGAUUAAUCCGGCGCUUCUCGGGAGACAGAGCAAGUACGUUUACGCGGCGAUUGGAGACCCGAUGCCGAAAAUCUCCGGGGUUGUUAAGCUAGACGUGUCUAAAGGAGAUCGGGAUGAUUGUACGGUGGCGCGUAGGAUGUACGGACCUGGUUGUUACGGCGGCGAACCGUUUUUCGUAGCAAAGGAUCCUAGUAAUCCGGAGGCCGAGGAGGAUGACGGUUACGUUGUGACGUACGUUCACGAUGAGGUGACUGGAGAAUCGAAGUUUCUGGUGAUGGACGCCAAGUCACCGGAGCUUGAAAUCGUCGCCGCCGUGAGGUUACCGCGAAGGGUUCCGUACGGAUUCCAUGGGCUAUUCGUGAAGGAGAGUGACCUUAAUAAGCUUUAGCUAUAGUUUAACUAUAUCAGUUAAUAGAAUAAUUAAGUCUUUAAUAGUGUUGGUUGCAUCUUAUACAUUAAAUUAAAGUAUACAUUAGUGUGGUGGUGGUCGAUGUAUAUAAAAAUAUUACCAAAGCUUAUUACAGUAUUAUUUAUCUGAUCUUGUUAUUAAUGUCCGAA